GCUGCACUUGGUGGAGCCAGUCACAGCAGCUGAAGCCAGCAAGCAGGCUCAGCAAGGAGAGGCUCACUUGCUAGGGUGAGAAGGGCAGGUGUUGCCAGCCCUGGAGAAGAAGGCCCCCGGUGGGCAUCAGCUCUUGGUGUCAUUACAGGGGAACCCUCUGGCCACUGUAGAAGGCACCAUGUGGGUCCCAGGGUAUCAUCGGUUCUGGUUCCACUGGGGGCUGCUGUUGCUGCUGCUCCUCGAGGCUCCCCUUCGAGGCCUAGCACUGCCACCCAUCCGAUACUCCCAUGCGGGCAUCUGCCCCAACGACAUGAACCCCAACCUCUGGGUGGAUGCCCAGAGCACCUGCAAGCGAGAGUGUGAAACAGACCAGGAAUGUGAGACCUAUGAGAAAUGCUGCCCCAAUGUGUGUGGGACCAAGAGCUGUGUGGCAGCCCGCUACAUGGAUGUGAAAGGGAAGAAGGGCCCUGUGGGCAUGCCCAAGGAGGCCACAUGUGACCAUUUCAUGUGCCUGCAGCAGGGCUCUGAGUGUGACAUCUGGGACGGCCAGCCCGUGUGUAAGUGUAAAGAUCGCUGUGAGAAGGAGCCCAGCUUCACCUGUGCCUCUGAUGGCCUUACCUACUACAACCGUUGCUUCAUGGACGCCGAAGCCUGCUCCAAGGGCAUCACACUGUCUGUGGUUACCUGUCGUUAUCACUUCACCUGGCCUAACACCAGCCCUCCACCGCCUGAGACCACGGUGCAUCCCACCACCUCCUCUCCGGAGACUCUCGGGCUGGACAUGGCAGCCCCGGCCCUGCUCAACCACCCUGUCCAUCAGUCAGUCACCGUGGGUGAGACUGUGAGUUUCCUCUGUGACGUGGUAGGCCGGCCUCGGCCAGAGCUCACUUGGGAGAAACAGCUGGAGGACCGAGAGAAUGUGGUCAUGAGGCCCAACCACGUGCGCGGUAAUGUGGUGGUCACCAACAUUGCCCAGCUGGUCAUCUACAACGUCCAGCCCCAGGAUGCUGGCAUAUACACCUGUACGGCUCGAAAUGUCGCUGGUGUCCUGAGGGCUGACUUCCCAUUGUCGGUGGUCAGGGGUGGUCAGGCCAGGGCCACCUCAGAGAGCAGUCUCAAUGGCACAGCUUUUCCAGCAACAGAGUGCCUGAAGCCCCCAGACAGUGAGGACUGCGGAGAGGAGCAGACGCGCUGGCACUUCGAUGCCCAGGCUAACAACUGCCUCACUUUCACCUUUGGCCACUGCCACCACAAUCUCAACCACUUUGAGACCUACGAGGCCUGUAUGCUGGCUUGUAUGAGUGGGCCAUUGGCCAUCUGCAGCCUGCCUGCCCUGCAAGGGCCUUGCAAAGCUUAUGUCCCACGCUGGGCCUACAACAGCCAGACGGGCCUAUGCCAGUCCUUCAUCUAUGGCGGCUGUGAGGGCAACGGUAACAACUUUGAAAGCCGUGAGGCUUGUGAGGAGUCAUGUCCCUUCCCGAGGGGCAACCAGCACUGCCGGGCCUGCAAGCCCCGGCAAAAACUUGUUACCAGCUUCUGUCGGAGUGACUUUGUCAUCCUGGGCAGGGUCUCUGAGCUGACCGAGGAGCAAGACUCAGGCCGUGCCCUGGUGACCGUGGAUGAGGUCUUAAAAGAUGAGAAGAUGGGCCUCAAGUUUCUGGGCCGGGAGCCCCUGGAAGUCACCCUGCUUCAUGUAGACUGGACCUGUCCUUGCCCCAACGUGACAGUGGGUGAGACACCACUCAUCAUCAUGGGGGAGGUGGACGGCGGCAUGGCCAUGCUGAGACCCGAUAGCUUUGUGGGGGCAUCGAGCACACGGCGGGUCAGGAAGCUCCGUGAGGUCAUGUACAAGAAAACCUGUGACGUCCUCAAGGACUUCCUGGGCUUGCAAUGAAGCUAGCUCGGCUACCCCGACCCUCCUCCGCCCACCCACCCACCCAUCCACCCCUGCCCUCAGUCAGCCAUCCAGGUGACUUGAGGUUAGACAGCUUUGGCUAAGAAAGAAACAUUAGCUAAUAUGUGGGAAGAGCGCCACCCUUAAAGCCUCCGAAGUUUUAGCGCCAUCUGUAUGUUCUCUCUGCCUCUCCGUGGUCUCACUUUGAAAAUGGUAGUGAGCACUAGCUCCCUUUAGAGGUCUGUGGCCCAUCGCUUCCCAUACUACCAGCCCUGUGGCCUUGGGCAAGUUGCUUAACCUCUCUGUGGCUUAGAUGAUUGUGUACAAAGUGGGAAGAGUGGUUGUACCCCCUGGGCUUAGAAGAGAGCAGUGAGCUAAAGGAAGUCGGGGAACCUCACAGGUUCUUUGGGUUCAAUAAAAUGUCUGUAUCUCUGCCCCAGCCCCCAGCCUCCACCCCAGACAAGGUUUCUCUGUGUAGCCCUGGCUGUCCUGGAAUUCACUCUGUAGACCAGGUUGGCCAUGAACUCAGAGAUCUGCCUGCCUCUGCCUCCUAAGUACUGGGAUUAAAAGUGUGCACCACCAUGUCUGGCUAGAAGGUCUGAAUCUCUUAUAGCUGAGAAGAGGGUUGGCAAAGGGAAGAAAGGGCAUAGGUAAGUUGUUUCCCAUGGGUGGUUCCCUCGGGGAGUCUCAUCCCCCUUUCCUGACCCAUGCCCCUCUGCCCAGUCGCCUAGCCUGGGGUCAGGAGGAGAUGCCAUCUGUAUUGUAGAAUGGUUUAGCUUGUAUAGGAGGUAUGUGGGAAGAGAGAGAUAAGAGAGUUCGAGGAUCAUUUAAGACAACUGCCCUACUGCGUGCCGCCCCACUACAUGGCUGUAGUCAGAGACCAUUCACAUCAAGGGUUGUGAACAUCAAGAAGCCAAAGCAUUCAACCUAGUCUCUAACUUAUCCUAAUGGAGGCUGAAGGGCCGGCUGCCUUUGUUAUCACCACACCAAGCGAAUCCAUGUUUUCUUUCCUUAGCUGCAUUGGCUUGUUUGUGUGCUUCUGUACAUUUCAGCUCAGUGAACACUUCCUGGGUGCCAGGUGCUAGGACCAUAGAGACCUGAUUCUGCUCUACUGGCCGAGUCUGAAGGCAGUCCUGUGUCUCAGCUCCCCCAGGUGCCAGUGGGUGAUUGACAGCGGCUAGGCAUUUUUAUCUGAUGAGUCAGGUGCUUUCAUGUGCUGUGGACUUCCUAGGAGAAGCCCAAAGAUCUGUUUUGGUAGCAAGAGAAAUAAGACAAAGGCAGGAGGAUCAGGGGACAGCCUAGGCAUCAGAGAGGAGGUGGGCCCAGGGAGAAUGAAUAUUGCUCGAUGCUGCCAUCUGGUGGUGCAUAUGGGCACCUGCAGGCAUCAGGAGGAAAGAUCUAUCUGGGUGGGGCCUAGGAGGGGCCUCUUGGCGAUGGCAGCUCUGAGAUCACUUGUUUCUUCUGAUCCCAGAUACAAAGGCACUGUGUAGAUGAUUUGGAACCCCUCUGUCAUCUCUGCAUCUGCCCUGUUCCCUCCUCAGCCCUUCAUUCUGUCGACAUCCCUCCAAAGGAAGCACUGUGGGAUGCCCUAAUGUCUUCCUCAAAUAUAUGGAGGACAAUAAUAAAUAAAAUUUCAGUGUCAACUGC